AUGAGGUACGACGGAACUAAGGAUCCCCAGGAGCACCUCACAGCUUUUGAAGCAAGAAUGAAUUCGGAAGGAGUAGGCGACGUGGUCAGAUGCCAAGCAUUCCCUAUGACGCUGGCCGGCCCAGCGAUCCGAUGGUUCAACGCACUCCCACAAGGGUCCAUCACGGUCUUCGCAGACAUAUCCCAAAGCUUUCUAGCUCGGUUCACAACACGCAUAACCAAGGCAAAGCACCCGAUUAACUUACUAGGGAUUAUCCAAAAAGCUAGAGAGCCAACCAGAAAGUUCCUGGACAGAUUCAACGAUGAUUGCUUGGAGAUCGACGACCUUACGAACUCGGUUGCUAGUUUCUGCCUAACGAACGGCUUGCUAAACGAGGACUUUAGGAAGCACCUCACCACCAAGCCCGUUUGGUCCAUUUAG